AUGAAGGCUUCCACUGUCCUCGCUUCUCUCCUUUUCGGCUCCAUUGCCGCUGCCGCCCCCGUCGACAAGCGCGCCCUUGUCUACAAGACCGAGGUCGUCACUGAGGUCGUCGUCAUCUACACCACCGUCUACGGUGACGAGCCCACGCCUACUCCCAGUGCCGUCUCUUCUACUUCUGCUGCUGCUUUCUACGAGCAGAAGAAGCCCGUUCCUACCAGCACCCCAGCUGCUCUCCCGGCCUACACUCCUGCUCCUAGUGCUCCUGCUUCUAGUGCUCCUGCUCCUCCAGUCUACACUCCUCCGGUUCAGGAGCAGCCCAAGCCAAGCCCAAGCCCUUCUCCCAAGCCUGAGCCUCAGCCAGAGCCUCAAUCCGAGCCUCAGCCAGAGCCUUCCCAAGCUCCUGCCCCAGCUCCUCAACCUGAGGAGGUCUACACUCCUGCUCCAGCUCCUACCCCAACUCCUACCCCAACACCCAGCCCAUCACCUGCUCCAGCUCCCGCCCCAGCUCCUGCCAAGUACCCUACCACUGAGUCAUCAUCCUCUGGCGGUGAGGUUCACCAGAAUGUCGACAUCACUGUCUACGACAACACCGGUGCUGCAGGUGCCUGUGGUGAGCCCCUCACCGACGACAUGAUGGUCGUCGCCAUUGCCAAGGGUGCAUGGAACGCCAAGGGUGGUUCCACCUACGAUGUCAUGACUGGUGCCUCCAGCAACCCAUGGUGCGGUGCUAAGAUCAACAUUGAGUAUGAGGGCAAGAAGUGCGAGGCCACCAUCAUGGACCUGUGCCCUGGCUGCGAAGGUCUUUACGACAUUGACCUGUCCCGCGCUGCCUGGAAGGCUCUUGGUAUCACCGAGACCACCCGUCUCAAGGCCAACUGGAGCCUGGCCUAA